AUGUGUAGGGACGAGGAAGGAAACCUGAUUACAAGCGAGCGCGAGGUGGUCGAGAGAUGGCAGCAGUUCUUCGAUAAGCACCUCAAUGGCGAGAUAACAGAUGGAGGCGUAAUGGAAAUCUACCUGGGAGUGCCUUCAAACGAUAAUGAUGUCCCAGCCCCCGACCUCCAGGAGAUCCAGCGAGAAAUCGGGCUGCUGAAGGCAAAUAGAGCCGCUGGAAAAGACCGACUUCCGGCUGAACUCUAUAUGAACACGGUAAAAAUAUACUGGCAACGGCACUUCAUUGGGACAGUGACAGUGGACGGCGAUGAACUGGAAGUGGUUGAUGAAUUCGUGUACUUGGGAUAUCUGAUCACCGCCGACAACAAUACCCCGGAAGAGAUCCAACGACGCAUUCAAGCUGGAAAUCGUGCAUACUUUGCGCUCCGCAAGACGCUUCGGUCGAGGAGAAUAGGGCGUCGCACAAAGCUAACGGUAUACAAAACCUUAAUAAGACCAGUGGUCCUUUAUGGACUCGAGACUGUGACGCUGCUCACGGAGGACAUACGCUCUCUGGCCGUCUUUGAGCGGAAAGUGCUGCGGACUAUUUUUGGUGGAGUACAAACGGAGAGCGGAGAGUGGCGCAGACGUAUGAACCACGAGCUACAGGCACUACUUGGAGAGAUUCCCAUUGUACGCCUGGCGAAAGUCGGGAGGUUACGGUGGGCCGGACAUGUUGCGAGGAUGCCGGACGACAGUGCAGUGAAAUCCGUUCUCUUCAAUGACUCCGCCGGCACCAGAAGUAAAGGUGCUCAACGUGCCAGGUGGCUCGACCAGAUCGAAGCCGACUUGCGGGUGACGGGACGCUUACGAAAUUGGCGACGAGUGGCCCAGGACCGAGUAGAUUGUAGACGAAUAAUUGAGACAGCACGAGUCACCACGACUCUCAACUGA